CUUCCCCACCACUGUACCACCACCAUUCUCCCCACCGACAUUUCCAAAUCUACAAAUCCAACACCACCUUCAUCACCACUUCCAUAACUUCAAACCCAAAACCCAUUCAUCUCAUCCUCCAAAUCCCCAAUUUCCCCAAACACCCUUUCCACUUUCAAAUCCCCCAAACCCUAAUCUCCCAAACCCUCAAAUCCCACCCUUUCAGCAACCAAAAUCUACUAAAGAUCCAAUCUUUAUCACUUCCAUACAAAACCCAUAAAUCUUUUCCUCCAAUUUCAGAUCCGACCCGUUUAAAAUGCUGGAUCCCCUUUUCAAACCUCUCAAACCCUAAUCUUCCAAACCCUCAAAUUCUCCAUUUUCAGCAACCAAAAUCCAAUAAAGAUCCGAACUUUAUCACCUCCAUACAAAACCCACAAAAAAACCCACAAAUCUUUUCCCCCAAUUCCAGAUCGGGUCGGGUCAAAAUGCUGGAUCGGAUCCUCGGACCUCGCCGUACACGUCAACUCCAACGGCUUGUUCACAACGGCAAGGUUACACUCCUCUGUUUAGCCCUAACCGUCGUCGUUUUACGCGCGAAUCUGGGCGCCGGAAAGUUCGGUACGCCGGAGCAGGAUUUCAAAGAGAUCCGCGAAACAUUCUAUCAAUACCGCGGGAAACGAGCCGAGCCGCGCCGAGUUUUAGAAGAAAUAGAGACCACAACUGAGCAAACGACGUCGUCUGGGACCAAUAAUUAUGCUGAAUUUGAUAUCAAGAAGUUGUUUGUUGAUGAAGAAGAUGAUGUGAAGAAAGACCCAAAUGUGCCGUACAGUAUUGGGCCCAAGAUCUCAGAUUGGGAUGAACAGAGAGGUGAAUGGUUGAAACAAAACCCUAAUUUUAAUAAUUAUGUUAAUGGGAAUAAGCCUAGGGUUUUGUUGGUUACUGGGUCUUCACCAAAGCCUUGUGAGAAUCCUGUGGGUGAUCAUUAUUUGUUGAAGAGUAUAAAGAAUAAGAUUGAUUAUUGUAGGAUACAUGGGAUUGAGAUAUUUUAUAAUAUGGCUUUGCUUGAUGCUGAAAUGGCUGGUUUUUGGGCGAAAUUGCCGUUGAUUAGGAAGCUGUUGUUGAGUCAUCCUGAGGUUGAGUUUUUGUGGUGGAUGGAUAGUGACGCGAUGUUUACGGAUAUGGCGUUUGAGAUACCGUGGGAGAGGUAUAAAGAUCGGAACUUGGUUAUGCACGGGUGGAACGAGAUGGUGUAUGAUCAGAAGAAUUGGAUCGGGCUGAAUACGGGUAGUUUUUUGUUGAGGAAUUGUCAGUGGUCGUUGGAUUUGAUUGACGUUUGGGCGCCGAUGGGUCCGAAAGGGAAGAUUAGAGAGGAAGCGGGGAAGGUUUUGACUAGAGAGCUUAAAGAUCGACCGGUUUUCGAAGCGGAUGAUCAGUCUGCGAUGGUUUGGAUAUUGGCGACACAAAAGGAUCGAUGGGCUGAUAAGGUUUAUUUGGAGAAUCAUUAUUAUCUUCAUGGUUAUUGGGGCAUUUUGGUUGAUCGGUACGAGGAAUUUAUUGCGAAUUACCAUCCUGGUCUUGGUGAUCAUAGAUGGCCGCUUGUUACUCAUUUUGUCGGUUGCAAACCUUGUGGGAAAUUCGGUGAUUACCCUGUUGAAAGAUGCUUGAAACAGAUGGACCGCGCGUUUAAUUUUGGGGAUAAUCAGAUUUUGCAGAUGUAUGGAUUCACUCACAAAUCGCUUGCUAGCAGGAGGGUGAAACAAAUAAGAAACGAUAGUAGUAAUCCUCUUGAAGUGACGGAUGAGCUUGGUUUGCUACACCCUGCGUAUAAAGUUGUUAAGGUACCAUCUUCUUAAAAUACGAAGGGGAAAUAGUAAACAGUCUUUCGAUAUUUAAUCUAGUUUGUUGGUUUUCACUCACGAAUUGGUAUUGUGGUUUACAAUAUGAUACGUUUGGAUCUUGUAUCGUUCUUGAUUCGUCAACUGUCGUAACACGUUGACUGUAUUGAUUUUUUUUCUUGUUAUUAGCCAGUUUAAUCUAUAUGGAAGGCAAACAAGUAGCUUGAACCAACUUUUGUUACUAUUUUAUCAAGAAAACAUGUCAUAUUUUGGUUAUUUA